UGCAGCUGUAUUAGUCAAUAUAAAUCACGUCCGCUUAUUCACACAUUCACAUUUAGCUGUUCUUAUUCACUCCUCAUCUCUUUAUCAGCUCUGUAAGUCAUGCAGCAGGCCCAGCAGCCCCGGAUUGUGGUGAUUGGUGCUGGUGCAGCUGGCCUUGGUGCUGCAACCAAGCUAAAGGCUCUGGGCUUUACUGACAUUACUCUGGUGGAAGCGUGUGAAACGUUCGGUGGCAGAAUAGCAAAAACAAGCAUAGGAAAGGCAUGUGUUGACACUGGCGCUCAGUACAUCCAUGGUGCCUCUGAAAAAAAUCCAGUGUUCAAUCUUUUUAAAAAUUAUGAACUUCUCAGCCAAGUCCCCGAGGAGGGCCGACGCAUAUUUUACCAAAACAAUGGAUGCAAAGUGGAUGAAGAUUUUAGCGAACGUGUGUGUGAGGUUGGAGAGAAAAUAAUUUACCAAAGUGGUACCAGCAACUAUAAAAGUAUAGGCGAACUCUUUGAAAAGGAGAGUCAGAGCGCCAUCGAGAACUGUGAAGCCGAUAAAAAGAAGAUCAUGGAGAGUAUUCUGGCUCUGGUUGGGAAGGAAUUAAUGCUUGAUAUUGGAGCUUCAAACCUUCAUAAUGUGUCUUCAGAUUCAUGGCAGUACUUCAUCAACAUGGGGGAGGAUCUCAAUGUGGAAGGGCUUAUGUUUCAAAUGCUAGAAAAGUUUGCGAUGGACUUCCCUAAGGAACAUUUGUUGCUAAAGAAAGUAGUGAAUAAGAUCGAGUGGGAUGGCUCUUUCCCUGGUAAGGAGGGCCUGGUGUACCCUGUACGCAUUCUGUGUGAGGAUGGAGGUGAAAUUUUGGCAGAUCAUGUGAUUGUCACCAUAUCUCUUGGCUGUCUUAAGGCUCAAGCGAGCACCCUGUUUAACCCGAGCCUCCCACCAGAGAAAACUGAAGUGAUCGAUAAACUGUGCUUUGGGAAUCUUGGCAAAAUCUUUCUAGAGUACGAGGAGGCAUUUUGGGAGAGUGAUGUCAGUAAUAUCAGUUUUGUUUGGGAGGACGACUCUGUGGCAUCGUUGUGCACUGAUAAGACUCAGUGGCUGAAAUACCUCCAACUCUUCAGUGUCAUGAGACCCAAAGAAAAGUUUGGUAAUAUUUUGAUUGGUUGGUGCCCUGGAGAUAUAGCUGACUUGAUUGAAACCUUGCCAAAGGAAGAGUUAACCACUGCAAUCACAGAACACAUCAGAAAGUUUAUUGGAAACCCACAGAUUCUUCCACCAAAAACACUUCUAUGCACACAGUGGCGCAGUAAUAAUUUCGUACGUGGUGCCCUCACUUUCCUCCCUGUUGGUGUAGAUGGCAAAACAAUGGAUAUCCUGGCAGAACCUUUAGCUGGCAACAAGAAUCCCAGCAAGGAUCUUCAAGUUUUGUUUGCUGGAGAGGCAACUAUAAAGAGCCUGUAUGGUACAGUGCAGGGAGCUCUAACCUCAGGACAAAGAGAAGCAGAGAGACUGGCACAGCAUUAUGGCAGGACUGUGCCCUCUACUAUUCCCUCACCACAAACCUAAAGAAGUAGAGCUCUGAUUCAGUCCACCAGAGAGGCUCACCAUACUUUAUAAUUAGGGCCCUACUAAAUUCACGGGGAAAUGUGCUUGAUUUCACUGACCUUGUUUUUCAAAAAUCACAGAUUACACAUAUUUUUAAAGAAAGUGCCACAUUUCAUGGCGGUCAUUAAAUUACACUCAUAAAUUACAUUAUGCUACAAUACACACACUGCUACCAUAAUAGCACCCUCUCAAAGAUUAAUGUCCGUGUUUUGACAUUCCAUCCUCUGCGUCCACAUAACUGGUUGGGAGUUUUUUAAACUUAGUUACCCGAGUCAUGUUUUUAGCUGCUUUAGACUUCGACAUCUUGGACAUUUUGUCUAACCAAUUGCUAGUGUAACAAAGCAUCUGAGUUUAUAAAGAAAGUGUACACAAACUAUUGCAGUAAAUCAUCCAGGUACUUUUUGCGUAUUACGUGUUUGGACACACUACCCGCUUUCGCGUACUGCUUUUGCGUACUGUUUAGUAUGGACACAGCCUCAGCUCACUACACCACAGAAAAAUCUGUUACACUAACGUAAUUACCGUCUAAUUAAUAGGACCGCCGCACAUUGCAUAUUGCGCCUCAUAUUUCAUACGCUACGUGAAUGAAAAAUGUUAAAUCGCUUAACACAAAUCUUAAAAAUUUUAGUAGACUUUUACAGCAAAUCGCACAUUACACGGGAAACGGCUCAUUUCACAGGAGACCAAGAAAUGAAUUGGGUGGGUGUCUUGCUAAGAGGGACUUUUCUAUUUAAGUUAACUAGUCCUGUCAGAUUCCAAUUUAUGGCCAAAGGUAACUAGAUACCUCUCCUAAUUAUUGAGUUAAUGCUUAUAGUUUUAAUGUGAUUCUGACAAAGCUAUUUGUCAGUGUACACAUACUUUUGAUUAUAUUGUACAUAUACAACUUGUUUUUAGGGAAUGACCUAAUCAUAGCAUUCCCUAAACUAUUGCAACAGCUGUCCACUUCAUAACAGAGAAAGGCAUUUUUUCUAAUGAAUGUUCAUGGUUCAGAUGUGAUCACUUAUAGCAGAUUAUGUUUUGAGAAUGCCAUAUAGACAAAUGUAUCCAUGUGAACUAAUAAUUUAGAUAAAUAGGAGACUCUUAUUACAACAUACAAGAAAUUAUUACAAUGUACAAGUGAACAAAUGAAAAAUUGCUGCAUCAGGCAAGGCAUCUGAUAAAUUAUGCACCACCUAGUUUAUGUAACCACAUUAAUUCAACAGUUAAGUUAUCUUCCUGCAUAAUAUACAGUAAUGGCAUUUGUACCGUUUCUCUGGCAUUUUAUGAAUAAUUUUAAUGAAUAAUUUUUUAAUUAAAAGUCUUUGGCAUUUUGCUGCCAUUUUUAAGCGUUUGGGUUCCAGUCUAAGAUUUGUAUACAGGUAUGAUGAAAAUGCAAUUAUUAAAAAUGUGGCAAAUUCUAAGUAUAGAGGACUGACAAACUGUAUGAAGCAAAUACCAUUGCCUGUCAAUUUAUUCAUUCAUUCAUUUCAGUUUUACCACUGCUUUACCACAGGGUCUUGGUCAUAUAUUUUUUAUUCUAUUUUUAUUCUAUUUUUAUUCAUUCUAUUUCCUUUUAUACACUUGCUUUUUAUUUUUGCAAAUAUAGCAUUGUCAGAGUUUGUGCAUUUCAAUACAAAGAUGCACUAGAUGUGUAAUAAAUAUUUUGUAAAAUUACUUUUUUAUUCUUGAAAAUAUAUUUUUCACUGAACAACCAGUCCAGAUAAAUGUCAUAUGUUCCAAAGUGUUUUGUAAAAUGUAGAAUUUGUCUGAUGGACUGAUGCACCAAAUUUAAACUGACUGAUAUUGGACUGUAUCUUCGGUUUCCUCCCACAGUCCAAAGACAUGCAAGUGAGGUGAAUUGAAGAUACAAAAUUGUCCAUGACUGUGUUUGAUAUUAAACUUGUGAACUGAUGAAUCUUGUGUAAUGAGUAACUACCUGUCCGGUCAUAAAUGUAACCAUGUGUAAGUGUAAAACAUGAUGUUAACAUCCUAAUAAAUAAAUAAAAUAAAUAAGAAA